AUGGAUCCUCUUAAUACUUUCACAUUUGAGAGUACUAUUCGUUCCAGUAAAGAUUCAUAUUUAAUUAUUUUCCUUCAUGAAGGAAUUGCUAAAAAUUUGAAUUAUGAAAAAAAUCUUGACUCUAUUGUUGGUGAUAGAUUUUCAAAAGAACAAUGGACUACAACAAUGAAAAAAUAUACUGAUCUUCCUUAUGUUGUUUUUGAUGCCAAUAGCACUGUUAUCUCAAUUUUAAAAAAUAACGAUAACUUAUCUCGAUAUAAUACACCUAUUCAACCAAAAGUUGUUAUUGAUAAUUUUACUACAUUACUUACUUUAAAUUCAUUAAAAAAUGUAGAUAUUGUAAUGUUUUUGGAUGAUGAUAAAGUAUAUGGAACUAUAACUGCUGUAAUAAAAUGUUUUUAUCCAUAUUGUGAAAAAACAUCUAAUACUUCAAGAAAUGUAAACUUUUGUAUUUAUAAAUCAAAUGUUCAAGGAAUCUUUCAAAUAUCUAAUGAAGAAAAUGAACAAUAUACAAAUUUAAUAAAUGGUAUUCAAUGUGCUAGAAUUAUGACAGAGGUACCAGGAAAUAAAAUGGGUCCUGAUUAUGUUGAAGAAUAUACGAGAAAAGUUUUAUCAGAAGUUAAAGGAUUAACUUUUGAUGUAAUAAAAGGAGUACAACUUAAAGAAAAAGGUUUUGGUGGUAUUUAUAAUGUUGGUAAAGGUGCAGCUCAAGAUCCAAGAUUAAUACAUGUUAAAUAUAAACCGGAACUUAAUUCUAUGGAAAGUCCCAUUGCAAUUAUUGGAAAAGGAAUUACAUUUGAUACUGGUGGUUAUACAAUAAAAGGAAGAACUGCAAUGCCAGGAAUGAAGCGUGAUUGUGGUGGUGCUGGAGCAGCAUUAGGUGCUUUUUAUAAUUUAACUAAAAAUAGAUCUCCUUUAACCAUUCACCUUUUAUUGUGUGUUGCUGAAAAUGCUGUUGGUCCAAAUGCAACUAAACCAGAUGAUGUUAUUAAAAUGCUUAGUGGAAAAACUGUUGAGGUUAAUAAUACUGAUGCUGAAGGAAGACUUGUUCUUGGUGAUGGAGUAUAUUAUGCUAAAGAAAUGUUAAAAUGUGGUACAAUAAUUGAUAUUGCUACAUUAACUGGGGCUCAAUCAUAUGCAAGUGGGAAAUUUCAUUGUUCAUUUAUGACAAGUAAGGAGAUCUCUGAAAAGGCAAUGAUUAAAGCCGGUAAAGAAAGUGGAGAACUUUGUCAUCCAUUAAUAUAUUGUCCUGAACUUUAUAUGUUAGAUUUAAAAAGUAAAGUUGCUGAUAUGAAAAAUGCAAAUCUUGGAAAUAUGGCUUCACCACCAUCAUCUUUAGCUGGUCAUUUUAUUGGAGCACAAAUUGAUCAGGGAAAAGAUAUAAAAUGGAUUCAUAUAGAUAUUGCCUCUCCAGCUAAUUAUCAAGAAUAUGCUACAGGAUUUGGUGUUUCUCUUCUGUCAUGUCUUAUCAAUAAAUCAACAUAA